CCGGCUACUGUGGGGUAACUAACGUUACACAUCACAUAUCCCAGCAGCUAUCUAAGCUAAAGCUAGGCUAACUAGCUGCUACAGAGUGACAUGUAGUCAACUUUACAACCAGUCUCAAUGAAGGAGCUCCCACAGUGAUUUGGACAUGGAGAUAAGAAAUAUCAAAGACCAGUCUCCAUUGGUCCAGGCUAUUUUUUGCCGAAACACAGAAGAAGUGACAUUUUUAUUGGACCAUAAUGAAGAUGUCAAUUCACUGGACCAAGAACAAAGCACACCCCUUCAUGCUGCUGCUUAUUUGGGUGAUGUCCAAACUAUGGACCUACUUAUUACUUCUGGUGCAAAAGUCAAUGCUAAGGACCGGGGUUUGCUGACUCCUUUACAUCGAGCAGCUGCCUCUAGAAAUGAAAAAGCUGUAGAACUGUUACUGAAGCAUGGAGCAAAGGUAAACCCUCAGGACAAGUACUGGCAUACACCUUUACACAUGGCAGCUGCAAAGUGGGCCACAGGCUGUGCUGAAGCUCUGAUACCACACAUGUGCAGCAUGGAUGUUGCUGACAGGUCAGGGAGGACACCACUGCAUCAUGCAGCGCACAGUGGCCAUGAAGAGAUGGUGAACUUGCUCCUUAGAAAAGGUGCCACGGUGAGUGCCAAAGAUAAGAAGGAAAGGCAGUCAAUUCAUUGGGCUGCAUACCUCGGACAUGUGGAUGUUGUGAAGCUGCUUGUGUCAAACGGGGCAGAUGUGACAUGCAAGGACAAACGUGGUUACACUCCGCUCCAUGCUGCAGCUGCCAGUGGACAGUUAGACAUGGUCAAAUACCUGUUGAGACUAGUGGUGGAGACUGAUGAACCUAACAGUUUUGGGAGCACAGCACUGCACAUGGCCUGUCACACGGGGCAGGACGCUGUGGCCUCGGAGCUGGUGAACUGUGGUGCCAACAUCAAUCUUCCCAACCAUCAUGGCAGCACGCCGCUACACCUGUCCGCCGCCUCUUCCAGCGGGGUGCUGUGUCUCGAGCUGCUAAUCAACAAUGGUGCUGAUGUCAAUGUGCAGAAUAAAGAAGGGAAAAGCCCUCUGCAUAUGGCCGCAAUGCACGGGCGCUUCACAGGCUCCCAGAUUCUGAUCCAAAAUGGUGGGGAGAUCGACUGCGCUGAUAUGUUUGGAAACACACCUCUUCAUGUUGCUGCCAGAUAUGGUCAGGAGCUGCUGAUCAGCACUCUGCUGACCAACGGUGCUGAUAAGACCAAACAGGGCAUUCAUGGGAUGCUUCCACUGCAUUUGGCGGCGCUCUACGGAUAUCCGGACUGCUGUCGAAAGUUAUUGUCCAAUGGCCAGUUUUACAUCAUGCCGUCUCAAGUGCCGUCAGCAGGGGAUGAUAUUAACUCCUUAGACGACCACGGAAGGACCUGCCUGCAUGCAGCUGCCUCUGGAGGAAAUGUAGACUGUCUGAACUUGCUGUUGAAUAGUGCCACUGCCGAUCUGGAUGUAAAGGAUCAUUUGGGCCGAUCUCCUCUGCACUACGCUGCAGCUAACGGGAACAGCCAAUGCACCAUCUCCAUGGUGAGAGCCGGCGCUGAGGUCAACGAGCUGGAUCUGACGGGCUGCAGCCCUCUGCACUACGCCGCUGCCUCACACACCUUUUCAGGAGGGGAGACGAGCUCUGAGUCUGAACACAGUGAGGGAAAGGCACACGAAGCCUCUCUGUGUUUAGAUUUCUUGCUUGACAGCGGGGCGAACCCCACUCUGAAGAACAGUAAGGGCUACAGUGCCGUCCACUAUGCAGCAGCUUAUGGGAACAAACAGCACCUGGAACUGCUCUUGGAGAUUUCAUUCAACUGUCUAGAAGAAGUUGAGAGUAAUAUUCCAGUUAGUCCUCUACACUUAGCUGCGUAUUACGGUCACUGUGAUGCACUGCGUUUGCUUUGUGAGACACUUGUGAGUCUGGAUGUGCGGGACAUCGAAGGCAGGACGGCCCUCCACCUGGCUGCUCAGAGAGGCUUCGCCCAGUGUGUGGAGGUGCUGUUGAAGCAUCAGGCCUCUUACUCCAUGAAGGAGCAGAAACGCAAGUGGACGGCUCUCCAUGCUGCAGCUGCUGAAGGCCACAUGGACUGUUUGCUCUUAUUGGUCAAUGAAGAACAAAGUGGUGAAGUCAUCGACAGUCCUGAUACACAGGGACAGACGGCUCUCAUGCUCGCAGCUCUGGGAUGUCACACCGACUGUGUCCACAUCCUGUUGGAGAAAGGAGCAAAGGCUGAUGCUGCGGACAAAAACGGCUUCACUGCAUUACACAGAGCUGCUAUGUUGGGCAGUGAGGACUGUGUUUCUGCUCUGUCGGAGCACGGGGCCUCUGCGCUGUGUAGAGACUCUCAGGGAAGGACCCCGCUGCACCUCAUAGCGUCCCACGGCCACACAGAGCUGCUCCGAACUUUGCUAAAGGCUGCUAUGAAAGCUGACCCUCUGGACUCCAUGCUGGACUACAGCGGCUACACGCCCACACACUGGGCUGCUCACUACGGGCAUGAAGGAUGUUUACAGAUUUUACUUGAAAACAAGCUUUUUAGCAACCAGGAGGGACAUUUCUUCACCGCAUUGCACUGUGCUCUCGUAAAUGGACAUGACGUUGCUGCUGGACUUAUAGUGAAGACUGUUGGCCCUCAAAUUGUUAAAGUUAGCGAUGCCAAAGGAAGGACCCCAUUGCAUGCGGCUGCUCAUUCAGGAAACGUUGCCGGGCUCCAGCUGGUCCUGGAUCAGGGAGCGGACACCAACGCUGUGGAUCAUUGUGGAUGCUCUGCAGUGAUGGUGGCUGCUGACUGCGGACAGACUCAGGCUGUUGAGUUCUUGCUGCACAAAGCGAAGCCAGACCUGAGCCUGGUGGAUGUCAAUAAUAACACUGCCCUUCACUUAGCCUGCAGCAAGGGACAUGAGAUGUGUGCCCUGUUGAUCCUUGGAGAGAUCAACGACUCUUCCCUCAUAAAUGCAGCAAACAACACUCUCCAAAUGCCUCUUCACAUAGCAGCAAGGAAAGGCCUGGCAACUGUAGUGCAGGUGUUGUUGAGCAGAGGAGCAGCUGUGAUGGCUGUAGAUCAGGAAGGCCACACACCAGCUCUGGCUUGUGCCCCAAACAAGAACGUGGCGGACUGCCUCGCCCUGAUCCUCUCCACCAUGAAGCCUUUCCCACCCAGAGAGGCCGGCGCCGGUACAGCCUCCCAUUUCAACCCCAUCCUGAAGACCUGCGGCAUUGCUGCCACCUGUGGGUCCGGCGGUAACCUCUGUCACGCCUAACACAGCAGCUGGUGUCCUGUAGGCAUGCCAUGAUAAUUACUUCGGCUGUACAAGAUAUAGCUGAUAUUAUUGUCAUUUUAAGACCGCUGAAAGAAGGAUGAUGUAAAAGCAGAAUAAUGCAAGUAUCCCAUUUUAAAGAGCAAUGGAGUAAAUUGAGAAUUAAGAAUUUAGACAUGAACUAAAUAAAACCACACAUCCUAAACAGAAAAUGUAAUUGAUUCUCGAGCUCUGCUUACAAAAUUGCACUUAAACAAAUAUUAAACAUUUGGCACGGGGUAUAGAGAAUAAUUAAUUCCUUAGCUUAAACCCAAAAGGUUCCCACACCAGAGCUUUAGAGUGCAACUUUGAAACCAAGUCUAUUCGGCUCUAUUGUGUUAUUCUUCCAAACCUUUUGUCUGGUCAGUAGACGUCAGGAAAAACACCAACAAGCCUCGAAAUGUAUCUACACUUGUGUGUGUACGUGUCUCUGUGUGUGUUGGUGAUAGAAACAACCGAAAAGGCCGCAAUACAUGUUUCAGCAUUUUUUAUUGCUGUUAACAGAUUUGGGGCUUUGAGUUCUUUAUAAGGGUCGGGAAAAGCCUGCAGUUAUUCUGGCAUUAUGUAAGCUAAAAUCUCAUCCUCCAUAAUAUGUAAAGAAAUAUGCAUGUUAACACAAGGGGCUAAAAUCAAAGUCGACAAGAAUGAUCAAAGACGUGUCCAUAUAUCAUACGAUAAGCUGAUAAUGUAAUUACCUUGACAGGCCUUAGCGGGCUGUGGGCCGGGACCGGUGUAGGACGGAGUGAAAUUUCACUCGUGUGUAACACAAAGUCUCUGCCCUCACACACACAUAGACACACACAAGUCCAGGAUCAUGCCUCGCUUCUUCUCUAGCGCGUGAUGACAGCUUCCUGCACAUUAUGUGCUUAUGCACUAGCAGCAUCGAUUGCUUCUCUAAAAUCUAGUCUUACACAUUACUAAUAUUAGCAGACCUCUUAGAUUAUAUAUCUGCCAAGUGAGUUGAGUGUAGCACACGCGUAUGUUAUUUUAAUGAAGUACUAACCAUUUGAAAUGAGAGGGAGUUUUAAUAUGAGCACACUACACAUCCUCUCCACUUGAACCCCGUCCGCUGUCAGUAUUGGGGCAAUGUCUCGUUAACCAGCAAAGCCUGAAAUCUGCAUGUUUGUCUUCAGAUGAUACAAGUGCAAGAGUGCUCGGAUGGUUGUGUGUUAGUACUGCGUGUGUGUUUGUCAGUAAGAGCUAUUUUGCAUAUUAGACAUUGCUUCUUAAUAUACUUGUUUAAAAAAAAUCUAACAGGUGCUUUAAACCUUUUAUGCAAUUAAUAGGACUAUUUUUCUAUCCUGUCGUGAGUGUAGCAGACAGUAAGCUGAUACAAAAAACAUUAUUAUUCUAAUCUUAUCAUGAUUUAUACAAGUUACAUUUCAGUUUAGUUAAGUCACAAGCAUGUGCAUAGUUAUAUAGUUUACAGAUUUUAGUGUAUAUAUAGUUCUUAAAAUAACGUUCAAAUGAAGUUAACCUUUUAAUUGUAUUAUCAUGAAAAUCCCAAAUGAUUGAGAAUUAACCUCAGGUCACUGCGUACUGUACUGUGGGUGCAAUAAAAGGCAUAUUUGAGCUAUAUGUUGCAUAACAAAUGUAAAACGGAAGUAUCAAGCUUAUCAAUAAGCCAGAUAUUUAACCGUUUGAGAGCACAGGAAAAAAAAAUCUUUCAGUCUCUGAGCGUAACAGUCUUUAGCAAAUGUGUCAUUUCAUUCUUUUUAAAUUUCUUUCACUAAAGAUUCAUUUCAUUAUUGAUUUAGUUUUGAAUAUUUUAUUGUUAUGUUCAACUUUCACAUUACAAGUUUUAAGAGCCCAAGUUGACAUAUUUUAAAUUGCCUGUUUCUUCGUCUAGAACCCAAAGAUAUUUAAUUUGCAUGGAUAUCAAACUAACAGAGCAUCCAAUCCAACACAUUCAAGAAACUGGAACCAGAAAAUGUCUGGUAUUUUUGUUUGACAAGUUACUAAAAAUGUUUAAUUUAAAAUGGCCAGUUUACCUGUCAUUUGAAUGUUUCAGCACCACAUUUUUUAAAAUCUCUUUUGUCAUUAUAAUGUUGUCAGUGUGCAGUUAACUUUGGGAAAAUAAACCACUCGCAUCUAAUGACUUAACAAUCACUGUGAAAAACUAAAUUAUUAUGUGGCUAGUGAAUACAUAACAGCAUUUACAAAUGAGGAGAAGAACUUUUUUGGGAAGGCCCACAGUUGUUUUUAUUAAUAGUUUUUCACCUGUUAAAGAAAUUAGCAAUGAAUGAGGUUUACUUUAAAUUUGUUUUCUUUUUAUAAUUUGACAGCUGUCCACACAGAAUUAGAUAUUUGCAAAUUGAUAUUUUUCCCUAGUAAAAUGUGCUGUGUUAUUUUAAGAUGGCUUUAAACUAUUUGCACUCCGACAUUAAAGUUUACAUAGUGUCCUUAGGAUUAUGCAAAUAUACAACAUUUUAAAAGUGCAUUCUACAACUUUUACCUUUCAUGAGACACUAAAUCAGUUGGCGCUUUUUAUUUUAUUUUAUUUGAAUGCAAUUACUGUGAGAAAACGGUUCGACAUUUCUAAAUGCAAGCACAGUGAAAUGAUUAAUGUUUGUUUUUAGCAAGUGCUCUUUUCAUAAACUGUGUGUCUUCUGUACUUUUUACUCAGAUUUCAGGGUGUAUCUCCUAGCUUGAAUACUCUCUGUGAUCUUUGUUGUGGAUGGCAUUCAUAUGAGAGACAAUAAAUUAAUCACUACCAUGA